AGCGGCCAUGUUUUUCUUGUUGUGUUCUUUGUAAAAAAAAGCCGCAGGUCAUAAUUUUUGUAGACUGCGGAAUUAGAUUAAAAAAAACGUAAUUUUAAUGCAAGUGAAUGAAAUGGCGACAACCACCAUCGAAGAGAAUGCUUUUGCAUUAGGAAAGCGAGAUGCACCGGAACAGAUUCAACUGGAUCCUGAGCGUCUCUGGAAGACGCAAUGGCUCACCGAUUAUGCCCAGGACAUAUUUGUGAACAUGAAGGAGGCAGAGAUGCGUCGUCGUCCCAUAUUAUUCAACUCCAUGCAGCUGGAGGAGCGCCCCAAAUUGUUGCAGCUUUGUCAAUUCGCAGCGCAAAAGUACAAACUGAAUCGCGCCUCAGUGCAUUUGGGUAUCUACUAUAUGGAUUGUAUGACCGACUACUACACGAUUUGUAGCGAAAAACUGCAAUUGCUGGCCCUCACAUGUCUUCACAUUGCGGCCCAGAUCGAGGACAACGAUGCGAGUGUGCCGCGCUACAGCGAACUGAACCGCCUGAUACCUGAUUCGUUGUACAACGUUUUCGAAUACAAUGUGGUGGAGCGCAAGGUGCUGGCCAGCCUGAAUUUUGAGCUAAUGCGUCCCACCACGGUCAGCUUUGUGGAGUUUUUUGCUUGCAGCUUUCUCACGCGCAACGACUUCGCCAACAAGGCCAUGCUGGAGAACAAUCCUAGCGAGCAGAACGAUCAAUCGCCAUUGCAGCUGCUGCUCCGCCUGGCAGACUGUACAUUGAGCAUUACAAGUUUUGCAAACGCGCGACCUUCUUUAUUGGCCGCCGCCUGCAUAGGUGCGGUGCGUCAUCUAAGCGGACUCAAGUGCUGGUCACAGUAUCUCUCCAAACUGACAUCUUAUCCGGAACACGAGGUUGAGCCAUUGGUGGGGGAGAUCACAAAGUACUAUAAUUGGCAGCAGAACAGCUCCGUGGCGCUCAAUGCCCUGCCAACAUACGUAAACAUGGGCCCAUCUUCGGCAGAUAUCAUUAAUCCCAAUUGGUCCACACCGGACUCUGGCGUUGGGGAUUCGAUGGUCAUAGUGAAGGAAUCGGUGACCGAGCAGUAUGAUAUAAUUACUGUGCCGGUGCAGAAACCUGCUGUUCCAGGGUCCGAUCUAGCUGGAGUUGUUCAAGAAGAGCCGCAGGAACAAGCUGUCUUUUCUCAAGGAGAGCUGCAGAUAGCAGCUGUCUAUUCUCAAGGAGAGCUGCAGGAACAAGCUGUCUUUUCUCAGGGAGAGCUGCAGAUAGCAGCUGUCUUUUCUCAAGGAGAGCUGCAGGAACAGACUGACUUACAAUACAAAGAGCAGCCGAAACAGACAACCUUACAGCUGAAUGAAUUAGCAUUAGACUCCAAGGAAAAAGCGAAGAAAUUAGAUAAAGAAGUGAUCAUAAAAGAACUGGAACGUGCUUUCAAGCGUAAGCGUAUAGAUUAUGACUGCCAAGAUGAGCCGCAAGCGAAGCGUCUGACCGACUGACCAAUUUCAAGAUUUUGAUUCGGUAAUCAGGUUUACCGAAGACCAAAACACUCACAAGCUCAAGCGCACUGAAGAUGAUUGCUAAGCAAAUAGGUUUAUAAUUUCAUAGAUGUACCAGAAACACUUACACACUAUUCUUUCAACACAUACCCCACGCGGAUGGGUAUACUUCAAAAUCAUGCUGUUUCUCAUGCGAUAUCCCCAUUCAAUUGUAUUGAACACUCCCAUAUCGUAAUUCAUACA